AACUCCAUAAGCUGUACACACAGCAAGAUGCAAUCUCUGUUCCUGGUCUCCUUCCUCCUGAGCUUGGCCUGGGUUCUGGCCCUCCCUGACUCGGAUUCGGACUUGUCCUCGACCACGCCGUCUGGAAAUGCAACCUCCGAGGAGCCGGAAAUUCCCGCCGACUUUUCCCCUUUCGCCUUCCGCGAUGGACGGUUUGCCUUGAGUGCUUUCGCCAAGGUGAACUGGUUCCAGGCCCAGGCCACCUGCGCCGCCUACGGGUACACCCUGGUCAGCAUCAACUCGGAGCAAGACCAGCGCGCGCUCCGCAAUUUCCUUUUCACCUUUGGCCGAAAUCAGCAGCAGCUGCUCUACGACCCACUUUGGACCUCCGGAACCGACCUACCCAACUCCAACAGCUGGGUGUGGUUCAGCAAUGGGCGCGCCCUGAACUACCUUAACUUCCAGAACGGACUCCCGGGAUACUCCAGUGACAAUCGGAAUUGUUUGGCCAUUGACGGCAUGACCGGAAAGUGGAUCAAUGCGGAGUGCAGGGAUCAGCGCUUCUUUAUCUGCCAGAAGCGUUGCCUCUUCGACGACGACGUCAAUUAAUUGGUUAGGACUCAAUGGGUCAUCGAUAUUUCCAAAAUAAACUAUUCUAUAUGAGCAAGCUAA